AACAGCUUCUUCCUACAAACCAACAAACACUGUCUUGGUCUGAGGAAACAUGGAUUCGACCGCACUGCUACACCGCGAUAUGGCAAACACCAAGUUCAACUGCAGCUACAUGGAAGGCUGUUUUUUCCCCACUUAAGUAACAUUUAAACUUUUUUUCUCAUAAACAGGUAAGAAUAAUUCUGCUUUUGAAAAAAUAACACGUGAGUACAUACCCUGCAACACAAACAACAUAAUGGCCUUCAGCAGAGUCUUCCUCCCAUCUCUCUACAGCAUCGUCUUCAUCGUGGGGUUCAUCGGCAACAGCCUGGUGUUGUGCAUCCUGAUCAAGUACCACAAAAGGUCCAACGUGUCAGAUGUGUGCCUCCUCAACCUGGCCCUUUCAGACCACCUCUUCCUUCUCUCAUUGCCUUUCUGGGCUCACUAUGCCGCAGUCACUCAAUGGACCUUUGGGAGCUUCAUGUGCCAUGCAGUGACUGCGCUCUACAUGCUUGGAUUCUAUGGAAGUAUUUUCUUCAUGAUCCUUAUGACCAUUGAGCGUUAUAGUGUCAUUGUCUACACUUAUACCUGGCUUUUCUCUAAGCACCGCUCUAUCAGGGCUAGCAUAGCCUUGGUUUUGUUUAUGUGGGUGCUAAGCCUGGGAGCUUCUCUGCCAACUGUCAUUUUUUCCCAAGUGAGGAAUGAAUCAGAAGGAUGGACUUGCAGUGUAGAACUUCCUAAUGGGACAGUUUGGAGGUCACUCAUUUACAUGGAGGUGAACAUCCUAGGCUUAAUUGUUCCUCUCUCAGUGAUGGUGUUCUGCUACACACGUAUUAUCCCCAUCUUAAUGUCCAUCAAGUCUCAGAAGAAACACAAAGCUGUCAAACUCAUGCUGGUCUUGGUCAGUGUUUUCUUCCUCUUCUGGACACCGUACAACAUCGUCAUCUUCCUGAAGUUCCUGCAUCAGUUUGGUUACAUGAACACCUGUCAGUGGGAUCAGGACCUGAACAUGGCUAUGCAGUGGGUGGAAACCAUAGCGUUCUGUCACUGCUGCCUCAACCCCAUCAUCUAUGCCUUUGUUGGGGAAAAAUUCAGGAAUUUAGCUCUCAAAAUCCUGAAAGAGAGGUUUCCUCUUUGCUUUGGUCACUGGAGAACAACUGAAAGUGAGUUCUCAGGGAAGAGAACCAUUAGGCAGUCCUCAGUGAUUUUCCGCACAAAGAUAUAACCAAACCUAUAAUGAUUAUUGCAUUUAAUCUACUAUAACUGUGUGUGUAUGGACACUGUAUGCAUGUAAUGUGAAGAUUUCAAUGAACACUGUUUAUACAAUGAAUAAAGGUCUGCUGUUAUAAGAAAUUAAGGCUCUAGCUGCACUGAUCCUGACCAGGGUAAAAGGCAUAAAAUCCAGAAACAUCUAGCCAAUAAAUUUUAUGCUUUUCUAUACAAGUUUAGAGUCAACUAACUGACUAAACCAUCAAAGAUUUACUUAAUGUCAGAGAAGGAAGUGCUUCUUCGUUGACUAUAUUUAAUCAUUAAAAGUGAGGCUUUCAC